AUGCUCAUUCGAAGCUAUUUUUGGCUCAAAGCAGACGACAGUAAAGUUCUUGCAUCGGACUUUGCCAACAUAGCGGUUCGACUAGGGCUUGAAGAUGACAUCUCCCUUGACAUCACGGCAAGUCGCGACAUUGUCAUGGGCUGGCUGGCGAAACCGCUUAGGGACUCCACCCAGCCAGACGACUCAGGAAACUAUGUAAAGUGGCUCCUGAUCUUCGACAACGUCGACAAUCUCGAUGUUCUUGCAGACUUCUGGCCGAAUCUUGGCUCUGAACAUACACAUUCACCAUGGGUUACACCUCCUCCAUUAACGAAUGCCGAGACAGAAAAUCUGCUGCAGAAACUUACAAACGUGACGGCUGAUGGAAUACAACAAGAGGCCCUGGCCAAAAUAGCGCAGGAGCUUGAUGGGCUACCGCUAGUCGUCAACCAGAUCUGGAUUGAUUCGGUCACUUCGACUUUCUUAUAUUCAGUCACUAGUGACACUUUGGGCUUUGGACCGGCUUCCUCCCCGACCAAGGCCUUGCUAGAGAUCAUCUGCUUACUGGAUCCUGACGACAUCCCCGAGGACGUUUUAAUCGACAACGAUCACCAGGUUGAGCUCCCCGGAUAUCCAACAGACAUGGAAAGUUAUUACAGCGCUAGAAGUGAGCUUUUGUCUUCCUCUCUCGUGAACCAAAUGAACAACAACAAGUUGUCACUGCAUCGUCUUGUCCAAGACGCAACCAAAACCAUGAUGGGUCCUGAAAGGUUAGCCCAAGCCUUCCAAUCAGCGAGUAAAUUGUUGGUUUCCGCCUGGCCUUUUCAGUCCAUUAAAGAGCACCACUCGACUGAUGGCCUCCAAGCGAUGCUCCCGGGCGACAUCAAUUUAGCUUUGGAUCUGUCUAUUGCACGACUAUUCAACGAUACGGGAUGGUACAUGUUUGAACGUGGUCUGCAAGAGCAGACGAAACCGUUUUGCGAGCUAGCUCUCGAAAUUGCAAAAAGUAUAAAGAACAAGGACAGCGCAGAAGCGGCCGAGUGCAUUCGAGAAAUCCACUCAGUAUUAGGAAUCGCUCUUUGUCGAGACGAAUGA